GAUGUGAUGAUUGUUGUUUUUGUUUGAUUUCCAUUUUGUCUUAGGAUAAUUUAAUUAUUUUCUUUGUUUCUUUUUUAAUUGUUACUAAUUAAUUGAUUGGUUUGUGUUCCAUUGUGUUGGUUAACUCUUGUUACUAAUUAAAUUGUGAUUAUUUUGUUGAAAAUUCCAACAUGAAGAUUUUUAUUUUUCUCUUCUCAGUAAUUCUGUUUACAAAUGUUUAUUUCACCAGUGUUUCUUGUGAACUUGUUAGAUUUAAUGUUGUCAAUAGUGCUAAUGUUACCUGUUUGAUGGUCGAGUUUGAUGGUAAAGUAAACCACUCAAUCGCCAAUGUUUCUGAAGAUAUUGCUGGUACCGUUGACACAAGUCGUUCUUCAUGUAGUGAUACUAUGAAUGUAUUAACUAUCGAUGGAAACCUUUAUACAAUGCGAUUAACAUUCACCAAAGUAAAUUCGAGUAUUGUAUUUUCUGAUGUGUCUUUUAACGUAGAGCGACCAGUAACAGCUUACACGCUCGAUAAGGAUAUGUUUACUGUCCCUGAAGGAAAAUCAUUCAAAUGUGAUUCAGGAAUUACCGAGUAUUUGACAAAUCAAUCUGGGGGAACUGUUAAAAUGGAACUCAAAGAGAUGAGAAUUAACGCUUUCAGAACUGCAGAUGAUGGUACAGAAUAUGAACCAGAUUCAGUUUGUGCUGCUGACGGCGGGAGCAAGACAGUUCCAAUGAUUAUCGCUUUUGUCCUUGCUGGUAUGGUUGUCAUCAUGUUAGUGGGUUAUAUUAUCCUUCGUAAAAAAGAAGACAAAUCAACUUACCAGACAGUAUAAAGAGAAAACAACAAUUUAGUUUAUUAAUUACACUAAUGAAAAAGAAAAUCAACAGAAAAAGAUAUCACUCAUCUUCCUAUCAUCUUUCCAAUAUUCACCAAGUAAUUCAUACUCUCCAUUUUUCUCCCUCUUUGUGUAUCCCUGAAUGUUUUUCAUGGUGACAUUUGAACAGAAUUCAAAUCUAUCUUAAUUUCCUGUUCCCUUAAUUUUCCCUCUGCUACGAUAAUUAACCAUUUUCAAUCUAAAUUUUCACCUACCUUAAUAUUCAAUAAACCCCAAUUUACUGUUAA